AUGGCGGCCGCUCAGGUGAUCUCGAACUCGGGGCACGAUGACAUGAUUCACGAUGCCGGCCUGGAUUACUAUGGCCGGCGAUUGGCCACAUGCUCGUCCGAUAAAACGAUAAAGAUCUUUGAGAUUGAAGGGGAAUCCCACCGCCUGGUAGAGACGCUGAAGGGCCACGAGGGCGCAGUGUGGUGCGUCGCAUGGGCACACCCGAAAUUCGGCACAAUCCUGGCUUCCUCAUCGUACGACGGCAAGGUCUUGAUCUGGCGCGAGCAGCCCCAGAAUGCGACCUCCCCCGCCGGCGGCAGCACAUGGACCAAGGUUUUUGAUUUCUCCCUCCACACGGCCUCGGUCAACAUGGUCUCGUGGGCACCCCAUGAGAGCGGAUGCCUCUUGGCCUGCGCCUCGUCCGACGGACUUGUCAGUGUCCUUGAGUUCCGCGACAACAACUGGACCCACCAGACCUUCCAUGCCCACGGAAUGGGUGUCAACUCGAUUAGCUGGGCCCCCGCUGCCUUUGCCGGUAGCCUGAUCAGCUCCAACCCUGGGCCAGGCCAGCAGAGGCGGUUUGUGACCGGUGGCAGUGAUAACUUGGUCAAGAUCUGGGACUAUGACUCGGAUUCCAAGUCGUACAACCCGACUCAAACCCUAGAGGGCCACUCGGACUGGGUGCGGGAUGUGGCCUGGUCGCCGAGUAUUCUCUCCAAAUCCUACAUUGCGUCUGCGUCACAGGAUAAGACUGUGCGCAUCUGGACCUCGGAUGCCUCGAACCCGGGACAGUGGUCCAGCCAAACACUUGAGUUUGAUACCGUCCUGUGGCGGGUGAGCUGGAGCUUGAGCGGCAACAUCUUGGCUGUGAGUGGUGGUGACAACAAGGUCAGCUUGUGGAAGGAGAACCUUAAGGGACAGUGGGAGAAAGUGAAGGACAUCGAGGAGUAG